GGAGGGAGACCCCGACACAAUUGUCUAACUGGCUUUUCAUCUGCUCCUGUUGUCUUACUCUGUUGUUCUAAUUACCACGUCCGGCUUAUUGUCCUCUUGAUGACUGUAAUUAAUCAAGUUCUGCUCCCUAAUCUCUGAAUCUCAUCAUCCUUACAGUACACCAGGGCUGGCCACACCGGAUGGCAGCCUGAUGUAAGCUCUUUCUGGGAGUGUAAUUGUGUGCUUGUCUGCAACUUUGCAUGCAACAGCAAAUUGCAUGGUCCCUCCCUGGUGUGUGUGUGUGUGUGUGUUUUUUUUCUUUCUAUCAGGAGUGUGUGUUUUCUCAACACACAGGUCCGUAAUUGUUACUCAUCAUUUCCUCCAUGAACCAGCAGCUGUAUGUUUGCAGACAGCAGUUAUGCAACUGAUCUUUCAGGAAGUUAUUUCUGUGAAGAUGUUUUCCCUGUCUGAGGCCUCUCUGACCCCUGUCUACACACACACACACACACACACACACACACACACACACACUUAAGACUCCUAUUCUCUCUCAGUCUUGUCCUCCCCUGAGCUUGAGAUGGCUUACCAAGUCCUUAAUCUGUCCUCUGACUGACAUCACCCUCUCCCCGCACCCUCCAUACACUCCUCACGGGACAGCGUGUGGAGAGGGAGGGAAGGUGAGAGGUGGUGGCCACUGGUGGUUUAGGGAAGGUGAAUUAGCCCAGUGAAGCAUAGGAGACUUAGCAGGGGAACACAGAUCACUCCCACACACACUCCAUCAGAGAGAUGGCAGCGGGCACACUGGACGCACACAUGGAAGAGCUGCUGGAUCAAGGUCUGGGGAUGGAGGAGACGGACCACAGCCUGCUGAGGAGGCCCUCAACGAAGGAGAUCUACCACAGUGACUCACUGCUGGCACCCGACACUGACUUCAUGACAGAUGACCGCAGUUCAGCAGCCAGCGGCCUGGACGUGGCCGACCGGCUGACCUAUCUUGAGCAGAGGAUGCAGAUGCAGGAAGACGAAAUCCAGCUGUUAAAGAUGGCUCUUGCCGACGUGCUCAAGAGGCUGAACAUCUCCGAGGAGCACCAUGCAGCUGCUGGUGGCAGGAGACCAUCUGGCACUAAAUCAGGCAGGCCGGUGUCUCUCGCUCUGCCCUCCAGACCGCCCAUGGUGACUUCCAGCGCUGCUUCCCUGAAGAAGAGCUCCACGCUGCCCUCCAGCUCCACAGCCAGAAACUACAGCCCAACACCAUCCCGCAGUGGCGUAAAGAGUCCACUAGGUAGUGUGAAGGACAGUCCAUGCAAGACCUCUAAAUCACGACCCACCUCUGCAGCCUCCACCUGUAAGAAGUCUCAGGAAGGCAGCAAGUCCAAGGAGGCUGCAGUAAGUGUAGGGACAAGACGUGUGACACAUUGCAAAGUGACUAUGCAGAUCUAUCUGAGCCCCCUCACAAGAAAGACUGGGUCUUCUGAGACUGCCAAAUCUACGGCGACGGUGCCUGCCAACAGAGGGCCCACGGCCACACCUCAGGCGAAGAGUGGCAGCAAGCCACAGGCGAGGAAAACAACCCCAUCCUUCACCUUAAACCUGCAGAAAACCACAACCAGCCAGGACACAGUGCAGGACACAUCCAGCUACAAGAGCCCCAUCAAAUCCCCCAGCCAGUACUUUCAGAUUUGUUACUGAGGCGAGUGGACAAAGAUAGUUUUACUACAGAUGUGUCUCCACCAAAUCAAACUAAUUAUUAAAAGACUCAGUCAACCAAUGGAACAGAAAUUGAAAUAAAGAUUUCCUUCUAAUGGUGCAAAAACAAGAAACUGAUUAAAAUGUGGACGAACGCACUGAUUUUCUUCUGUAGGUCUUCCUGACUUUGCUGCUCAUGAGCACUUGCAGCAUUUUGAAACAUCUCCAUUAAAACGUUUGAGUAACUGUCAGCACAGUAUUUUACGGUCUUGUUAUUUAUUUCACUUAUAGGAUAAAAGUUUUAAUGCAUGUUUAGCCUCCUUAGAGACCACAGUGUUGUCAUGAAAUCCAUUUCACACAUGCUAGUACCUGCAUAUUUUUUUUAUUGAAUGCCUGUGUUUACUGUAAAUGUCCUCUCCGUCCCUCUGUAUGUGAAGUUUUGAGUUUGUCUAAGGAUGUGCGGUGUCUGUAGUUGUCUUUGAGCCAUGAGAUGAAAGAUGGGGAACUGUAUUUGAUGUCUCCUGCCUGUGUGCUGUGAUGUUUCUAGUUUAGUAGCCAGUGUCACAUCAAGCAGAACUAUUGGGAUGUACCAGAAUCAGAAUCAAACAAUAAAAAAGCUAUGAUCACUAA